AACCAGUACUUUUUAAGAUUGGCACUUACUGAACUGUUAUUAACAUCAAUAAUUUGUGUUUCUUUUUUUUUCUCUGGGCAGCUGUCUCCUGGUUCAGAUGAAGAAGAUGGUCAUGACACAUCAGGGCGAGAGACUCUUGGGCGCAUUCAGUUCAGUGUGGGCUACAACUUCCAGGAGUCCACUCUCACUGUUAAAAUCAUGAAAGCUCAGGAGUUGCCAGCUAAGGACUUCAGUGGGACCAGUGAUCCAUUUGUGAAGAUAUAUCUGCUACCUGACAAGAAGCACAAGCUGGAGACCAAGGUGAAGAGGAAAAACCUCAACCCACAUUGGAACGAGACCUUCCUCUUCGAGGGAUUUCCAUAUGAAAAAGUGGUACAAAGAGUCCUGUAUCUACAAGUUUUGGAUUAUGAUCGAUUCAGCCGCAAUGAUCCUAUUGGAGAAGUAUCAAUCCCUCUGAACAAGAUAGACUUAACACAGAUGCAGACCUUCUGGAAGGAGCUGAAACCGUGCAGUGAUGGCAGUGGGAGCCGUGGUGAAUUGCUGCUGUCCCUUUGCUACAAUCCCUCAGCGAAUUCUAUCAUUGUCAACAUCAUCAAGGCGCGGAAUCUAAAAGCCAUGGACAUCGGGGGAACAUCAGAUCCUUAUGUGAAAGUUUGGCUUAUGUACAAGGACAAGAGAGUUGAGAAGAAAAAGACAGUGGUUAUGAAGAGGUGUCUAAAUCCCAUCUUUAAUGAGUCCUUCAUCUUUGAUAUUCCCACCGAAAAACUCAGAGAGACCACCAUAAUCAUAACUGUCAUGGACAAAGACAAGCUUAGUCGUAACGAUGUCAUUGGCAAGAUCUACCUAUCUUGGAAGAGUGGUCCUGGAGAGGUGAAACACUGGAAAGAUAUGAUUUCCCAUCCAAGAACAGCUGUAGCACAAUGGCACCAACUCAAGGCCUGA